AAUAUAUAGCCUUAAUGACAGACCACCGUGUUUUAUUCAGACUUAUCCUCUCUACCCUACUUAAUAUUCUGCUCAGAGUGAUUUUGUCGCACUUUGAUAAUACCUAUUGUUCUUGCAGUAUUUGUAAAGGGACUCACCUGCAUUAAGAUCUGGACUAGUUAUCCUUGAUUUACAUUAUAAGGUUAUGUCCCGUAACGGUGUAACCUAGUUAUUAAAAGAAAAGAGCAGCCAGUUGCACUGAUAGGCUGUAGGAGAUACAGUCAUGCCAAUAAGAAGGAGAGGGAUCACAAACCGGGUUUUCAUCUGUGCAUGCUGUGGCUAUGUUCAUUUCAGACGGUGUCUCUGUCAUGCUUUGCACCAUUCGCUUGUAAAAAGAAAAAGAAAAUCGUGUGUGUGUGUGUGUGUGUGUGUGUGUUUAAUUCGGUGCAAAUGACGGACUCUGAUCUCCCAUUGCCUGAUGCACAGCGCUGCGCCAGUCAUUGUUGUUGUCGUCUCUGGAUUUUGAUUUCUCCUUGGAGAGAGAGGCAGUCCGAGCAGACGCUGUUCGUGUAUGUCAGUGAUUACUUAUACAAAAAAAAGACCACAGCAGUCAAUGAAUUCAUGUAUUUGGGACGCUGUAACAUCAACUAAACCACAGUAGAACAACAAAAUAAAUAAAAAUCAAAGUACAACGAGGUCGCAGAAAAGGAGGCUGCAAGUGAUGGAACAUUAGAAGUGAUUUAAGGUCAGAGCUCGUUUGGGAGAGUAAAGCAGUCGCAGCUGUGUCACACCUUGUCUGUGCCACUGCAGCAGGUGAAGUCCUUAUUAAUGUGUUGGCACCCUCUGACCACGUAUACAUGCAUGCAUGGAUUAUUGAGACUAUAUAAUCCCAUAGAGUCAACCGUUAUCAGCAGCACGUUUACGGUGACAUAUUGUCUUUAUCACAUACUGAAUUAGAGAGAUUCUGAUGCUGUGUGACAUCCUCCUACCCUUUACUCUCCGAUAAGGUCAUUGUGUAUCAUAUCUUAUUUAUUUAAUAAGACUUGGGAUAGAAUGAAUGAGGAAAUUGGCUGUAGCAGUGAGGGGAAAAUACACAAGGGACAGACUGUUGUGAUUGUUGAGUCUGAUUGUUGUGAGUGUUGGCGUCUCCUAGCCUCAGCGAUGUGGCCUGGGAGCCAGGAACAGCUCCUAGUGGCACUUAGAGAAUUCCGGAAAACAAGGCAGUGGUUGAUGAUCGAAAGGAAACCUUUCAACUUUAAACAUGCUGAAAAAAACCCCUUGUUUCCCGAGAAUCAGGUGCAAAAAAUAGUACCUCCUGUCCACUCGGGAACAAGAGGCAUAUGGAGAGACACAUUGUCACAUGCCCACUCAGCAAAAGCCUUCCCAGUGAAUAACUGAAGCUCCCCAAAAAUACUGCAGCUUCCUGAAAUUGUGUACAAAACCGAAAAAAGCAGUGUGACCCAUUUUAGUUGCCAGAGAAUAAUUUCGGAAACACUACGAUAUGGUAUCAUGGUGCAUAUUUGCACUAUGUCCGAGAAUGAUUUACAUUUGUCUUACUUUAAUGUUCCUCAUUCAGCCUGUCAAAAUAUGCAGAAAAAAAGUUUCUUUUACAGUCAAAGUCAAGCUGUUCACAUGACGAAAAGAGCAACGGCAAUCUAUUUUGAAAACUCCAGACGCUGCUUAAUGACAAACACAAAUGACUGUGCGUCAUACAGGGAAAGAAAGAGGAAAUAAAUGUGUUUGUGGAAAACGGAUUCUCUCAGAUAAAUUCUAAUUGUUAUUGUCUCUGUCUAUAGUAAAUUAAAGGCUUCCACAACAACACAUAAAACAGUGUGUCAGCACUAGCAGCACUAAUGAAACUCGGUGAAUUGAAACAAGACAGAGAGAAGGAGGGAGCAUGUUUAGUCUCUGCCUAUGUUGUCUGUUUAUGUCUGUGGAGAAGUUGAUUUGGAAGGUUUUAUAAUGCCCCUUGUGUGUAGUUUGGAUAGAACUAGAGAUACAAAUGCCUAAUGGCGUGUGCAAGAUGUUUGUUUAGGCAAUGAGGAUUUGAUUUUCUUUUCCUUUUCAGCUACAGUUAGGCCUACGCAACAAGAGAGAGACACACACAGAGGGGGAGCGUGACAGAGAGACACAGCAUGUAUGUGACCGAGUGUGUGAGAGAGGCAUACGGGAGGACUGCAAAUGAAACGGUGUCUUGUCUUAUAGGGAGAGAGAGAGAAACGGGCGGUGAAAGGAUUUUGGUUGCACUGCUGCACCUGUCGCCGUGAUGGUCCCACCUUAAAAUCCGAGGGAGAGAACGACAAGUCAGAAGAAAGGAAUACAUUGUUGUCAUCCAUUCCGAACAACUCCUCUGUGCCACAAGCUUUUGCCAUGGCCAGGAAAAGUGUUUCUCGGACAAGUAGUUUCCUGUGACGGCUCUAUGACGAAUUUGAGAUCCGCUUCUCCUUUGUUACCUCAACGGACCAAGAUGAUUUUUUGUCUGCUGCUAGUUCUGUCCAUUUGGGUGGGAUCUUAUGACGCUGACUCCGCCCAGUCCGAACGGCGAGUUGUGACACACAUAGCUGGUGACAUCAUCAUCGGAGCGUUGUUCUCUGUCCAUCAUCAGCCUCCUGCUGACAAGGUACAUGAACGCAAGUGUGGCGCAGUGCGAGAACAGUAUGGCAUCCAGAGGGUGGAGGCCAUGAUGUACACACUGGACCGCAUCAACACUGACCCACACAUCCUUCCCAACAUCUCCCUGGGCUGCGAGAUCCGGGACUCCUGCUGGCACUCAGCAGUGGCUCUGGAACAGAGCAUCGAGUUCAUACGGGAUUCGCUCGUCUCCUCUGACGAGGCCGAGGAGUGGGCUGAAAGAGCGUCCUGGGGAGGCGGAGGAGGUGGAGGAGGCGGAGGAGGUGGAGGACCCACGAUGAAGUGUGCAGACCCCUCUGCUACUCCGAUGCGGGGGAAGAAACCCAUCGUGGGUUUAAUUGGACCAGGGUCAAGCUCGGUAGCCAUCCAGGUCCAGAACCUUCUACAGCUGUUCAACAUACCACAGAUUGCCUACUCUGCCACCAGUAUGGACCUCAGCGAUAAGAGCCUUUAUAAGUACUUUAUGCGGGUGGUGCCUUCGGAUGCCCAGCAGGCAAGAGCUAUGGUGGACAUUGUCAAGAGAUACAACUGGAGCUACGUGUCUGCUAUACACACUGAAGGAAACUAUGGUGAAAGUGGGAUGGAAGCAUUCAAGGACAUGGCAGCCAAGGAGGGCAUCUGUAUCGCCCACUCUGGUAAAAUCUGGAGCAAUGCUGGAGAGCAGAGCUUUGAUCGGCUGCUGGAGAGACUGAGGGGCCACCUGCCUAAAGCCAGGGUGGUGGCGUGUUUCUGUGAAGGCAUGACCGUCCGCAACAUCCUCAUGGCCAUGAGACGCCAGGGGCUGGUCGGAGAGUUCCUGCUCAUCGGCAGUGAUGGAUGGGCGGACCGGUAUGAUGUAACAGAUGGCUAUGUUAGGGAAGCGGCGGGUGGUAUUACCAUCAAGCUCCAGUCGGCUGAUGUGAAGUGGUUUGACGAGUACUACCUUAAACUUCGCCCUGAAAACAACCUCAGGAACCCCUGGUUUCCAGAGUUCUGGCAGCAUCGUUUCCACUGUCGACUUAAAGGUCACCCGCAGGAGAGCCUCAAAUACAACCGCACCUGUAGCAAGCGAGAGUCGCUUCGGCAGCAGUAUGCACAGGACACUAAGAUGGGGUUUGUCAUUAAUGCCAUCUACUCGAUGGCAUAUGGCUUGCAUAACAUGCAACGGGCACUCUGCCCAGGCUAUCAGGGCCUGUGUGAUGCCAUGCGACCUAUAGAUGGUGCUACACUGUUGGACUUCUUGAUGAAAACCAACUUCACAGGCGUGUCAGGGGAGGGAAUCCUAUUCGAUGCUAACGGAGACUCACCUGGCAGGUAUGAAAUAAUGAACUUCAAAAAGAUGGGGAAGGACUACUACGACUACAUUAACGUUGGCAGCUGGGACAACAGAGGCUUGAGGAUGGAUGAUGAUGAAAUCUGGCCUAGCAAAGAAGCUGUGAUCAAGUCAGUCUGCAGUGAACCCUGUGACAAAGGACAAAUUAAGGUGAUCCGUAAAGGUGAGGUGAGCUGCUGCUGGACGUGCACUCCCUGCAAAGAAAAUGAGUUUGUGUUCGACGAGUACACCUGCCGAGCCUGUGAACUGGGCUCCUGGCCUACUUUUGACCUCACAGGCUGUGACCCAAUCCCAGUGGAGUACCUGCGGUGGGGAGACCCUGAACCCAUUGCUGCUGUGGUCUUUGCCUGCCUCGGUCUCAUGUUCACAUUCUUUGUCACUGCAGUCUUCAUCAGGUUCCGCGAUACCCCAGUAGUGAAAUCUUCCAGUAGGGAGCUGUGCUACAUAAUACUGGCAGGGAUCUGCCUGGGGUACAUGUGUACCUUCAGCCUCAUAACCAAACCCCAUGUCAUCCACUGCUACCUCCAACGACUGGGAAUAGGCCUGUCACCUGCCAUGAGCUACUCUGCGCUUGUCACCAAGACAAACCGCAUCGCUCGGAUCCUGGCAGGCAGCAAGAAGAAGAUCUGUACAAAGAAACCUCGCUUCAUGUCUGCCUGCGCUCAGCUCAUCAUUGCCUUCCUCCUCAUACUGCUGCAGCUGGGCAUCAUCGUGGCUCUCUUCCUCAUGGAGCCACCUAAGGUGAUCCAUGACUACCCCAGCAUCCGCCAGGUCAACCUCAUUUGCAACACCACUAACCUGGGUGUGGUGGCUCCAUUGGGAUACAAUGGCCUGCUCAUCCUCAGCUGCACCUUCUAUGCCUUCAAGACUCGCAACGUCCCAGCUAAUUUCAAUGAGGCUAAGUACAUUGCGUUUACCAUGUACACCACCUGUAUUAUCUGGCUGGCCUUCGUACCCAUCUACUUUGGCUCCAACUACAAGAUUAUCACCAUGUGCUUCAGUGUCAGCCUCAGUGCCACUGUGGCGCUGUGCUGCAUGUUCGUACCCAAGGUGUACAUCAUUCUAGCCAAACCAGAGCGUAAUGUGCGCAGUGCCUUUACCACUAGCACAGUGGUGCGCAUGCACGUAGGCGACGGCAAAUCGUCCUCAGCCGCCAGCCGUUCUUCUAGUCUGGUUAACCUGUGGAAACGCAGAGGCUCUACUGGAGAGACCCUCAGCUCCAAUGGUAAAUCAGUGUCUUGGGCGCAGACAGAGCGCAGCGGCUCACGUGGGAACCACCUGUGGCAACGGCUGUCCUUCCAUAUCAAGAGGAAGGAGAACAAUCAGACUGCGGUCAUCAAGCCCUUCUCCAAAACUUCGGAGGAGCGUUACUGUGGAGGGGGGGACCUGCCUCCACAUAUCCCUCUGCCCUCCCUUCCCUCCAUGUCCUCACUGUCCAUUCAUCCCGACUCAGACAAGACCCUGUAUGAUCUCUCUGAAGCCGAGGAGCGCUACUCCAUCACAUACCGGCCGCAGACGCCCUCGCCGAUCAGUACGGUCAGCCAGAGGCUAGGGGCGGGUGUCGGGGAGGAGCCCCCGAUGAUGACCGGUAUUCCAAACUACCCGAGCAGCAUUUGCAGCGGCGGCAGCGGCAGCGGCAGCAGUUGCGGUCCUGCCAGCAGCGGCUCUCUCGUCAUGGGGAGUGACGGCCGUUUGGUUGUUGUGGACGAUCACCCGGGACCGGGUCAGAGUUCACUGAUGGAUCAGAUCAGCUGCGUGGUGAACCGCUUCACCGCCAACAUCAGCGAGCUCAACAGCAUGAUGCUGUACCCCUCUCCGACGCACUCGCACACGCACAAACACACGCCUCCAUCUCCUCACCCCGCCGACCCGUACCUGCUGCCCCGUGAAGUCCAGAUGGCCCAGACCCUCACAACCUACGCCGACGUCCAGCCCCUCCCACCUGUCGAGUCCAGCAUGGGGGGCCGGAGUGGCUGUCUCGUUCACCCGAUCCCUCAUUCACCUUACCCCCUGCCGCCUCCUCACGCCCAGACCUCCCCGUCUCUCUCCCCCAUGCGAGGUGGCCUGAUCACCUGCCUCAAUAACUCCCCUCUGAGGAUGGGAGAGUUGGAAGAGGAGCUUAUUGCUUUGACUCCGCCCUCGCCUUUCCGCGACUCCCUGGCAUCUAGUAGUGGCUCAGUUAUCUCAGAGACAGAUCUGUGUCUCCCCCCAGUCCCAUCCCAUCCUCCCCCCUCUCCCCCUUCGCCAAGGUACAGCAGACUGACACUCGGAAACUACAGCCAGAGUUCAUCCUCACUGUGAGGCAGAGAAGACGCGUAAAGAAAUUGCAGAUGUGAAGGGGACCGCUCAAAAACAACACGGUGAAUAUGAGUGAAGAGUACGGGAGGAUGGAAAGAUGAAAUCCAUUCGUCCCUACGUGGAGUAAAAACCUGAAGCAAAGGAGUCGUUGAGGGCUGGUCGGUGAAGACAUCAAGCUGUGACAGUCUGCUGUGUUUGUGUUUACAUGUUUCCAGUGAGAUCCUAGUGCAGUUUCUCUCAAGUGGGGCGUGAAGAACUGCAAAAAGGGGCCACUAUGACUUUGCAAUGUUUUGGUGUCUGUAAAGUCACAAAUCAUUCUCGAAGGUCUAGAGCUACGUGUCAUUUAGGUUUGGGUAGUGGCCUUAAGGUAACAUGGCUAUCAACUAAUUAGAGAUUGUGUGUGUGUGUUUGUGUGUGUGUGUGUGUGUUUGAUGCGUGUGUGUGUGUGAGUAUGUUUUUACUGUAUCUUCUCCUUAAGACUCCUUAAGCCUGUAUGGACUUAACAAAGGCUAUCAAGGGCACACACACACACAUAUAUAUA